CUCUGCCCACCCCCACCCCUUCCCUUCAUCGAGCGGAGGGAAAAAGAAGGCGUGUAUAUGGAAGAGAAGGAGGAGGGGAAAUGUUGGUGUCUCCUUCUCCCUGGAAACCCUGGAGGGACUGAGGUGAAAGUGAAGCAGCAGGAGAGAAAGUUUCCUUGCCGGAGCGAGGAGCGAGGGAUGUUUCUGGAGCAGCAGCAAGAGCGGCGGCGGGUUGUGCUGGUGCCGCAUUGUGUUUGCUGAGGCUCCUCCUGGGCGGUGGGGGCUCAAUAGAGUCCUACGAGGAGGAGGAGGAGGAGGAAGCAGCAGUCAAGCAGCCUCGAUUCGCCCACCUCCGCCAGUGCAUCCUUUUAGUCGGCAGGGUGUUGCGUGCUCGCCCUCGCUCACUCCUCUCCGGCCUCCGUGCAAUGUGAAGCGUGCCCACAACCCUGGUUUCCCAAGGACUCGAGCAUCAGCCUAGUACAUGCAUCCGAUAAUCAUCUUCUCCUACAAAAUGGAUUUUAGCCAGAACAAUCUGUUUGGUUACAUAGAAGAUCUGCAGGAACUUACUAUUAUCGAAAGGCCAGUACGCAGAAGCUUAAAGACACCAGAAGAAAUAGAGAGAUUGACAGUCGAUGAAGAACUCAAUGAUAUUGAAAGGGCUGUUUAUCUACUCAGUUCUGGUCAGGAUAUCCAAGGAACAAGCGUGGUUGCAAGUCUUCCAGUCCUAAUGAGGCAAAAUCCGACAGAGACAAUAAGGAGAGUCUUGCCAAAAGUUCGAGAAGUUCUUCCUGUUGCAGGGGUGGAGAUGCAGUUAACAGCUGCUGUUUCGCUUUUGACAAUUCUACAAGAGGAGUCAAUAUCCAUCCAUACAUAUUCCCACUCCUUCCUACACAUCAUUCUACAGAAUCUGGAGCACAGAGAUGCAGGUGUCAGUAAUGCCUGGCUGGAAACUCUUCUUGCUGCAAUAGAAGCAUUGCCAAAAGAAACCAUCAGACUAGAGAUCCUGAAUCCUCUUGUUUCCAAGGCACAGCUUUCCCAAACACUUCAGUCUCGUUUGGUUAGUUGUAAAAUCUUGGGAAAAUUAGCUAACAAGUUUGACACUCAUAUUGUUAAAAGAGAAAUUCUCCCACUGGUAAAAUCUCUCUGUCAGGAUGUAGAAUAUGAGGUUCGUUCCUGCAUGUGUCGGCAACUGGAGCUCAUAGCUCAAGGAAUAGGAACUGAACUGACAAAAAAUGUAGUGCUCCCUGAGCUGGUAGAAUUAGCAAGAGAUGAAAGCAGCAGUGUACGCCUGGCAGCUUUUGAGACCCUGGUCAAUCUUCUCGAAAUGUUUGAUGCAGAUGAUAGAAGUCAAACUGUCCUCCCAUUAGUGAAGUCAUUCUGCGAAAAAUCCUUCAAAACAGACGAGUCUAUUUUGGUUUCAUUAUCUUUCCAUUUAGGGAAGCUUUGUAAUGGACUAUAUGGGAUUUUUACACCAGAGCAACAUUUGCGAUUUUUGGAAUUCUAUAAGAAGCUUUGCACACUGGGAUUAGAGCAAGAAAAUGGGCACAAUGAGAACCAGGUACAACUCCAAACCCUAGAACAGGAAAAGAAGUACAUAUCAGUGAGGAAGAACUGUGCUUACAAUUUACCAGCAAUGAUGGCUUUUGUGGAUCCAAAAAACUUUAGUUUGGAAUUGUACUCUACAUUCUUUUGUCUAUGCCAUGACCCUGAAGUGCCAGUCAGACAUGCUAUGGCUAUUGGCUUCUAUGAAGUUGCUAAGCUUUUAAAUACUGAUGUGUAUGUAAUACACAAAGAAUUGGUAGCCCUAUUACAAGAUGAAUCACUAGAGGUGUUAGAUGCAUUAAUAGGUCACCUUCCUGAAAUCCUUGAACUGUUGUCUACUGGAGGGGAAAGCAGUGGAUCAGGGAGCAAGUUACUGAAUUUCCCAGAGUUAAUUCCAGCACUGACUAGAGCAGAACAGAGAGCAGCAACCUCUUUAAAAUGGAGGACUCAUGAGAAGCUAUUACAAAAAUAUGCUUGCCUGCCUCAUGUCAUCUCAAGUGAUCAGAUUUAUUAUCGCUUUUUACACAGAAUGUUGACAAUCAUUAUGACAAACAAUGUCUUACCAGUUCAAAAAGCAGCUGCACGAACCUUGUGUGUGUACUUGCGUUACAAUCGUAAGCAAGAGCAGAGGCAUGAAGUCAUCCAGAAACUGAUAGAACAAUUGGGCCAAGGAAAAAGCUACUGGAACAGGCUGCGCUUUUUAGAUACCUGUGAAUUCAUCAUAGAGCUCUUUUCCAAAUCAUUUUUCUGUGAAUAUUUCUUUCUCCCAGUCCUUGAGCUUACACAUGAUCCAGUAGCAAAUGUGAGAAUGAAGCUUUGUUAUUUAUUGCCAAAAGUGAAGUCUACCCUCAAAGUUCCCACAGACAAACAUUUAUUGCAGCAGCUAGAACUGUGUGUGAGAAAGCUGCUGUGUGAGGAGAAAGACAAAGAUGUCCUCAGCAUUGUUAAGAAAAUGGUACUAGAGCUGGACAGGAUGGAAACGUCUUUGGAUGCUUUUCAGAAAAGGUUUUAUGAAAAUGACCUAUUGGAUCAGCAAAAGGAAAAGGAAGAACACCUACUUUUGGAAAUGGAACAACUAGAAAAAGAAAAACAGCAAAAUGAGAGCAGGUCUACCACUAUGGGCGAUAAACUAUAUGAAAAGAAGCGUAGAGACAGUAAAACAUCAUCAACUUUGGCUAAAAGUAUACCAAUGUCUGUUUCGGGAAAUCCUUCAGGUACCUCAUCAAGCAAAGAAGUUAAAAAGUCUAAAUUGGUUCGAAGCCAGUCUUUCAGUAGUCAAGCCUUGCAUUCAAAGUAUGGUAACAUAGACAAGUGUCCGAGCAAAAGUUCUUCAACAGGAUAUACUUCUGUAUCAGGAGUAGGAAAGAGUUCUAUGUACUCAUUUACAGAUGAUUCCUUCCGCACUCGUUCUAGCAAUUCCAGUGGGGCUGCCACCUUUUCCUCUACUUCCACUUUGCCCUCUUCAUCUCGGCAUAUGAAUAACUCAGUUGAUCAGAAGAGCAAUGGGAGUAAAGAAAGCCAUUCACGGAAGGUUAGCUUAACAGGAAGUCAAACUCAUAGAGAUGGUGAAGGAAAGGAGGCACACCAAAGACCGCCGGGCGCAACAUGGCUGAAGACUUGGGAGAAGCUUGAGUACAACCUUGAAUGUAUGGACCGAAGAGGGGAGACUAACUGCAUCUUAUCAUGUUAACAUCUUCUGUCAGUUAAAUAAACUCCUAUGUUGUAAAAUAUCUUCAUAGAAAUAAUGUAAUAUGUGCAGAAUUCCAAUGUCAUAAGUGAAGUGUUUAAUUCAGUGUUAUUUUAGCUCUGUGCUUAAAACUGUUGCAGCUAAAGAGACAGGGUUCCUUUCCCCUACCUUGCCCUUUCUCAAUUAUGCCUUUUAACAGUUCAGGUUUUUUGAUUUGGAAUACAAGUGCCCUCUACUUUAAAAUAUACCUAUUUAUGAGCUUAGGGGCUCCUAAUAUGCCUUUGCUAUGGACCUAGGACCAUAUUUAUGAAGCUGCUCUGCAUAUAGGAUUAACUGAACAUAUGACACUUUCUCUCUCUCAAAAAAGCUUUUAAAUAUCAAAGAAGCUUUAAGAGAGCCUGGAAGCAUGGACAAAGAAACAUGAAGUAUAAUGAUCUAAAAUCCAGUUGUGCUGUAAUUUUAAAUAAGAUUGCUUAUCUGGUGUAUAAAAAUCCAAAGUGGAUUUUGUUCCACCUUUUAAUAAGAAUACCUCCAAAAAGCAUAUAAAUGAUUUCAUCAGUUUCAUAUCACAAUUUUGUUGUAUAAAUACUUUGUUUUAACUUCUAGUAUUUCAGGUUGCAGCUUCUCUUUAUCCAACACUUUAGAAAUGAUGAAUCUAGUUUUUAAUUAGUUGUUAUUUCAAGUUAUCAUGCUUUUAGCUACAUCCAGAGCAUUUUGUUUAUAUUCAUGCUAAUGUUUCUAUCAAAAUUUGCCUGCAACAUGCAGUUCUAUUUAAAAAGUUCUAUUUAUGCCAAUACUUGAGAGACUGUAUGAAGCUAUUGUCAGCUUCUCUAUUUCACAAAUGCAAUCAGCAAAACUAUAUUGAUAUCAGAAAUCUGUUUUUUAAGAUUUAUUGGUGUAUGAUAAAGAUGAUCUAAUUUGUGAAUGAAUAUGUGUGUGGUUAAUUUUUACAAUGUGAAAUAAUGAAUGCUUUGCGCACAAUAAAACGUAGGACAUUGAAGUACUUGCAUGUGUUGGGUGGGAGAGAUCU